UCGGGAGUUAAUUGCAUCUUCAGAUGUUACCGAACUUCUUGUGCAAGAAAGGCUCUUCCUUCUCUCCCCUCUCUCUCUCUCUCUCUUGCUUUCAAUCGUCUGAAACCCUAACCCUAAUCGAUCAUUUCUGUUGGAAUUGAAUCCUAAUCCUAAUCCCCACAUCGACGAGUACGAUUCGAAUUCUAUGGGCCGUGACUCUGCAACAUCACUCGCUCCCGGGUUCCGAUUCCACCCGACAGAUGAAGAACUCGUUCGCUUCUACCUCAAGCGUAAGAUCGCCGGCAAGCCUUUCCGAUUGGACCCCAUCUCCGUUGUUGACAUCUACAAGUGCGAGCCCUGGGACCUCCCAAGCAAAUCCAAGCUGAAGAGCAGGGAUUUGGAGUGGUAUUUUUUCAGUGCGUUGGACAGGAAGUAUGGGAAUAGUUCGAGGACCAAUCGGGCAACAGAGAUGGGCUAUUGGAAGACGACUGGGAAGGAUCGCGCGGUGCACCACUACUCGCGCACCGUGGGGAUGAAAAAGACCCUCGUUUAUCACAAGGGCCGGGCCCCCCGGGGCGCUCGUACCAAUUGGGUCAUGCAUGAGUACCGCCUUGUCGACGAGGAAUUGGAGAAAGCCGGAAUUGUUAUAGAUGCGUUUGUGCUGUGUAGGAUUUUUCAGAAGAGUGGGACGGGGCCCAAGAAUGGUGAGCAGUAUGGGGCGCCACUCAUUGAGGAAGAAUGGGAGGAGGAGGAUGUGUCAGCUUUCUUAACGGGUGAAGAGGCUGCGGUUGACGAAGCGGUUGAUGAAGUGGUGACUGGUGAUGAUGCAUAUGUUGAAACAGCGGACCUUGACCAGGAUCUUGAGAUAAGCAUUCCAUUUGAAACUACUCCCCCUUCAUUGAACUUCUAUUAUGGGGAUACCAGCAACCAUGUUGAGAAUUAUGGGGAGUUCAUUGAAGAUUAUCAAAAGCCUGUCAUAGGCUUUGGUGAAACUUCUGAGUUACGUCAUGACCAGGAGUUGGUUCAUAUACCAGAGCAAUAUGGGAUGGAUACAAAACUAGUCAAAGAUGAAUAUUUUGUUGAACCAAGCAAUGGCAUGGAUUCUGCAAAACUCAAUUAUUCGGUUGAUGAGCCCUACUUGAAUGCUACUGAUAAUCAUCCAUUGGGUGAUGGAUUAUACCUUGAAUCUAAUGAUCUUUCAAACCCCGUGGAGGCAGAUCCUGCAGGUUUUGACAUGCUUGAUGAAUAUCUGACAUUCUUCAAUGCAGAUGAUGACAACUUGCAGUAUAUGUGUUUUGAUCCCUCUGAAAUUAUGGGGACUGAAAAUCCAGUUUCUGAUCAACCACCACUCACUCAGAAGCUUGAGAAUGGAGGAACUGACCAAGUGUCCACGGAAAGUCUACAUCUGGCAGAGGCACAUGGCAGCAAUGAUGCAUCAUCUUCAAAGCAAAAGCCAGAGGGCAUAAUAUAUAAAUCAGAUAUUAAGAAUCCAUUCAUCAAACAAGCCAGUGACAUGUUGGGCAGCAUCCCUGCUCCUCCCGCAUUUGCUUCAGAGUUCCCUGCAAAAGAAGCAGCUCUUCGGUUAAACACUGCAGCACAGUCUUCCAGCUCUGUUCAUGUCAUUGCUGGUAUGGUCAGGAUAAGAAACAUGACUUUAACUGGCAAUGGAAUGGACCCGAUGCUUGGCAAGAAUGUUGAUGUCAAUCUCAUCCUACCAUUCACGUUGUCACAAGGCGACAUGAAUGCUGCCACUUCGCUGCCAAUGGCUGGCUUCGACACCGGCAAGACAGCAUCUGUAGUUUCACGGGGCUGGUUCUUCUUAAUGUUCUUUUGGGUCUUAGUUCUUUCUCUGAGCUUCAAAAUGGCAAGCUGCAUCUACAAGGCCAAAAUUAAAUGCCAUUAAAGAUUAUUAAGAUAAAUUAUCUUUGACAGGGUGAUUGUGUAGAAAGUAGAUAUUUAUUUGCUUGUGUGAUCACAGAUUGCAUUCUUGUCCUCAUUGUACUGCUUCGUAGAUGCUAUAGACGCGCUUAGGGUUUUGUCUGUUGAAUUGACCCAUAUCUCUUGAGGAUGAAUGAAACGCAUUUACACUUGCUGUAGCUUUUAUUGACGA